AUGGAUAGUCCCAGCAAGGAGUUGGCAGUAUUGAAAAAGAAACGAAAACUCAAAAAGAAGAACUCACGUAUUUCUGUUAAAGUGAAGAAAACAUUGUCACCUUCCAAAGAUGAGCUGCGAUACAAACUCGCCAACAAAAGAAUUUUUCUUCAACAACAAGAACAAGAUUCCAAAGAUACAAAAUGUAUCGAUGUAGAAAACGACUAUGAAAGAAACUUAAAAAAAGUAAGAUGUAGUAGUUUUAAACUCAACAGGAAACCUUUUGCAGAUAUAAAAUCUCCUAAAAAAAGUGUUGUUAAGAAAAAUACGGUAUCCAAAUGUUCUCAAUUUAUUAAAAAAGAUGAUUAUAGCGAUCAAAAACAUAUCAAUGAUUUUUCUAGUUUAACCAAAAAUAGUGAAAAUACUAAUCCAGUAGAUUCCCAACAAGACGUAUUACAUCAAACCGAAACACAGCAAUCCAGAUUGGAAGACAUCCCGAGUUUGGAAGAAAAUGAAGUUCACGACUCCUUGUCUAAAACUGAGCCUUUAACUGACUGUGCUCCAGAAAUUCCCAUAAAAUCCAAUUAUAUCAAACAUCUGCAAGCUGUUCAUAUCGACGAACAGUUCUCUGUCACGCAAACAAUCGCAAGCACUUCAAAAUUUGUCAAAAGCAUACAACAACAAUUAUCUCAAAUACCCAUAAAUCAAAGAAUUUUACCACCCAAAUCAAAGUAUAUUAGAAAACUACAAGAAAAAACUGUAAGAGAAGUAUCUCAGAAGAACAUUGACACUGCACAAACAACUGUGAAGGAACAAAUACAACCCACAAAACCGGUUUUAACAAUUCCUCCUGUAAGUCAGUUAAUGGGAUAUCGUCGGUUUUUUCAUCAACAACUAAAGGUUCCUACUGUAGAGCAUUUUCCAACAGCAAAAACUAGCACAGCAGCUUCACCCACAAAGCCCUCAAAUAAGCCAAAAGAAGAAAACAUUUACGAAAAUAUAAGCAUAAUCGAGGAGCACCAUAUUUCAAAAAUUAAUAUUGAUAUGGUUAUUAAAGAAGAUGAAAAUGGGUCUGGAGAAGUAGUUACUCAGAAGCCCAUGGACACUGCACAGAAAACUAGAAAAGAACAAAUCCAACCGGUAAAACCAAGUUUAACAAUUCCUCCUGUAAUGCAGUUAAUGGGAUAUCGUCGAUUUUUUCAGCAGCAAAAAGUUCCCACUGUGGAGUCAAGUGCAACACCAAAAACUGAGACAGCAGCUUCACGCACAAAAUCCCUAAAAAAGCCAAAAGAAGAAAGAAUUUAUGAAAAUAUAAGCAUAAUCGAAAAGCACAAUAUCUCAAAAAUUAAUCUUGAUAUUGUUAUUGAGGAAGAUGAAAAUGGGUCUGGAGAAGCAGCAUCGGAAAAUGAUAUAUACCAAAGUAUUAACGAGGUUCUCUCUUCUUGUGAUAGUGAACCUGUAUUCACAGAAACUCAGUUGGAAGAAGGGGUUCAAUUACAAGAAAAUAUUAACAAAUCAAAUGUUUUAGCUCAACAAGCUUUUUGGAAGGCGUCCAUGCAUAACCCUAUGGAACCGAUCAUUGAAGAAACAGAAAGCAGUCCAGAAUCUUGCACAUCAAGCUCUACACCCCCAAAAACUAUAAAAAGAGACUUUAGUCAAGAACCUUCAACAUCAGGUACUAAGAAGUUUGUUGAAAAACCUUGUAUGUACUACGACUUUAAAAAAAGCGGUCGAAAUAAAUCGACAGGUAGCUACCCCACACGGCGUUUCCAAAGCACAAGGCUUUCUAGCAGUAAAUCUAAUACAAGUGUGGAAUUUGAUCUCGAUCAACAACUGGAAGCAGCUGUACGAACCAUGUCAAAGUUAAACAAGGCUCAAAUUAAUGCAACUAAUCCGUACACCUCCAAACAUUUGAAAAAAAAAUACGAACCUCCUCCAAAACUUCCAGAACGUAUACCAAUAGUUGCUAAACCUCUUAGCUCUGAUAGUAACAAAAAUUCUACUUCUUCGCCUUCGUAUCCUUCGUCGAUGAGUUCAGGAGAAUACCAGGAAAUGGAUUUUGAUGACCAGCCUGAAGACUCAAACCAAAAUAGGUCACAGUUUAACUUCAACUGUUAUUUUCCGUAUUUAUUAUUAACUCUUGGCUUGUUCGGUUUUUUGGUAGGAGUAUAUUUUGUAGGGCAAGCCUUAUCUACUACUCGGGUAAAAUAA